CUUUGUGGAUACUACAUCUGUGAAGAAGAGAGUGGGAUAUUCAGCAGUGGAUACAAGGCUGAGACUUCAUACUCUUGUGAUGGAGACCAACAGUGUAGCAACACAAACUUAGAUGAAGCUGACUGCGAGGGUCACAGCUCGGUGACUAUUCCUUCAUCUAAAUUAUGUGAUGGUUACUGUGACUUGAUAUACUGCGAAGAUGAGUCCUGGUGUAAUAACCAUACUUACGGUGAACACUGUGAAGAAACAUAUCACCCUCCAAUCUUAGUUGGGUUCACGUUGAAUAUUGAAUGGUCUUUCUUGUGGAACGUUACAAGUUGUAAAAAAGAUAAAAAGUUGAAAACAAAUGAACAUAAAUGCAAUUAUUCUAAUAAUGAACUCAUUGGUGACGAAAGUUUAGUAGAACUUAAACCUGAUUAUGAAGUUUAUCUCAACAACUUCACAAGGUGUGGCGCGUUUAAGUACAGACAACCCGCAAUCGAUAAAGCUUUCUGGGUAAACUCGGAGUACAGCCCCUAUUGUAAAAACUACUGGGACCAAACAAACUGUACUGAUCCCUCAAAGGUUGCUCUGAACUGCAUAGUCAACGGAUAUCCAGCAACUAUAUCGAAGCAAAUUGUGUGUCAUGGAAUAGAAGGUAUGAUGCUCUGCAGUGAUGGAAUAGAAAAUGAGUGCAUUGACCUCUCUCCAACAUGUACCAACUUACAUAAACACAAGAUGUGUGACAAUGUUACCGACUGUUCGGACAGAAGUGAUGAAGAAAAUAUUAUGUGUAAACAACUUACUGAAAAAACCUGCAUCAGACGACUAAAUGGAAAGAGUUUGAAGAUUCCCCUGGCUUGGUUAAAAGAUGGUACCACUGACUGUCAGGAUGGAAUAGAUGAAACAGAUAUUUGGCCUACUUGUGGAGAAGGUGAUACUUAUCGAUUUGUAUCUGAUAAGUCAAGUUGCUUGGACGAUUAUCGUUGUUUGAAUAAUGACAUUAAAUUUGUCGGAAUGGAAGAGCUCUGUGAUGGCAUAGAUACAUGUGGAAAUGAAAAUUCAGUGUGUAAAUUUUCUAGAGGAACACCAGACCUGUACACCAAAAUCAGCCAUACAGGAAGCAAUAUAAUGGAUUUAUCUUACUGCGUGAAUGGACUAAGGUCAUUGGAAAAGCUUGCACCAAACUGCGAACCAAUGACAUUUGGAUAUCCGAGAGGAAAUGUGUUUGGGUUGAUUGAGAAGAAGCUGAUGCACAUACCUGCUAAUUCAUUUGAUUGCCAAUACCUGUAUGGAGAACUUUACCUGUACAUGAGUUGUUCAGGAAAGUGUGGUAAUCAUGCACCAUGUCCACUCACUAGACCUGUGCGACAUGAUUCAUGUCCGGGGCAGUACCUAGAUAGAACUUACACAGUCGUCAACAACAAUUAUCUCACAUUUCUUAUAAAGUCCCAAGGAUCAUACAAUAAUGAUGUAUUUGUAUGUGAAAACAAUCGUUGUCUUCCUUACCAAAAGGUUUGCGACUUAGUUGAUGACUGUGGUGACGGGAGUGAUGAACUAUCUUGCACAAAUCAUUUCCAAUGUGGUGGAAAAGGCAGCUUCGUUGCGAAAUCUCAGCAAUGUGACGGGAUUUUUGAUUGUGUGGACCUCUCCGAUGAAUGCAAUGAUCGUUGUGGAAAACAUAUUAUCGAGGGCAAAAUUCUGAAAGGUAUGUCUUGGACAAUAGGGGUACUAGCAGUGGUUUUCAACAGCGUUGUGGUGAUUCAGAACCUUAUUUCUAUUAAGAAGUGCCUCUCUGUUGUGUCUUUACUCAACAAAUUCCUCAUUAUGCUUAUAAGUCUCGGAGAUUUAUUAGUAGGGGGCUAUCUGCUGACCAUUUCUAUUGUAGAUUAUAUUGAAGGUGACUUAUAUUGUCACAAACAAAAAGUCUGGUUGACUAGUAAAGCAUGUUCAUUGUUGGGGGUUCUAAGUACUCUUGGGUCUCAGUUCUCUCUUUUCUCAAUGACUUUGUUGAGUAUUGUAAGAAUGUACGGUGUCAAAAACUCUUUCGGGGGUAGUAGUGGGUUGUCAAAGAUAGGUGUUAUCAGAAAUAUUAGCAUCAUCUUUGCAGUUAUUGUUGUUUCUAUGGCGAUAGCAGUUGUUCCACUUCAACCAUCUUUUGCAGACUUUUUCGUGAACGGACACUCAUAUGAUUCAAGUAUUCCACUUUUCGCUGGUUUUCCAGACAAAUCUCAACACAAGAAUGUCCUCACAGCAUAUUACGGAAGGAUGAAAGAUAGAUAUCUAUCAUGGGAAGUGAUAAUUGAUCUGAUGAAGGCAAUGUUCACUGAUAAAUAUAAUGGACUACAGUACAAAAAAGUCAAUUUCUAUGGCAACGAUGGUGUAUGCCUGUUCAAAUACUUUGUCAGUAGCGAUGAUCCGCAAAAGGAUUAUGUAUGGGCAGUGCUUGCAAUAAACUUUCUUUGCUUCACAAUAAUAUCCACGUCCUAUUUUGUCAUCGGUUUGAUAUCUGCAAAUUCUUCGAAGAUGUUAACUGUCGGACACGCAAACAAAAUGGUGAGCGACAGGAACCGGAAAAUGAACCGCAAGAUUGCUGUAAUUAUCUUUACUGACUUUUGCUGUUGGGUACCCUUCAUAAUCAUAUGUGCUCUACACACGCUUGGUAUUAUAGAUGCUAGUCCUUGGUAUGCUCUAUUUUCAAUAGUAGUAUUACCUAUAAACUCUGUGAUAAAUCCUUUAUUGUACGACAAUACCCUUACCUUGACAAUUAGUAGAAUCUUUAGUAGCAUACAAGGAUCGUCGAAUGCAUUUAUUUCAAAGAUCAGCCGAAUAACAUCAGAUACCCAAUUAGAUCCAGGUCUUGAUAAUCAAGAAAUGGGUAGGGUUGCAGGAUCAGAGCAACAAUCUACUGGUACGGAUGCUAUUCAGUCUAGAGGAAAGCCUGAGUGUGUAGGGGAUGCUGACAAAGGUGGCAUAAACUUCAUAUUAGUGGAUACUGGUGUUUAAUCAGCAAAAUGUUCCUUUUCUAGAUAAAUGUUUGUCAGAAAAUUGAGAUAUAUACAUAUAAUACUAAUAUUUGAAAAGCAAUGGCUCAUGAAUUAACCGUUUUCUCAUUUCGUGAAUUUGUUAGUUUUUAUUUUAAACU